CACCGCACACGAGCUCAACCUCCGUGUCGACUUCAUACAAGAUGGCUGUUCUCCAGGUCAACGCUUUCUUCAAGAAGGCUGCCCCCGCGCCCGCCAAGAAGGCUGCGCCCGCCAAGAAGGCUUCGCCCUUCAAGAAGGCUGCGCCCGCCCCCAAGAAGGCUGCCCCCGCCAAGAAGGUUGCCCCCAAGAAGGUUGCCCCCAAGGUUGCGCCCAAGAAGACCGUCGUCCGCAAGGCUGCGCCCGUGCGCAAGUCCUCCGGCAAGCGCGGUGACGGCGUCGACCUCUCCAAGUGGUAUGGCCCCAACCGCCGCCUGUACCUCCCCGCCGGUCUCCUCGACAUCAACACCGAUGUUCCCUCCUACCUCGACGGCUCUCUCGCGGGUGACUACGGCUUCGACCCCCUCCAGCUCGGCAAGGAUGGCAAGGUUGAGCAGUACCGCGCCGCCGAGGUGAUCCACGCCAGGUGGGCGAUGCUCGCCAUCCCCGGCAUCGUGAUCCCCGAGGCCCUCGGCAUCCCCGGCGGCGUCUGGACCGAGACCGGCAAGGUCUUCCUCGACGGCGAGGCUGGCCGCCCCGAGAUUCUCCAGAACCCCUACCUCUUCGCCGCCAUCCAGAUUGGCCUCUUUGCCGCCGUCGAGGGCUACCGCGCGGGCAAGGCUCCGGCGCCCGACGGUUUCGUCCCCUUCAAGGGCAAGUUCUCCGGCUCCGACUUCUCCGGCCUCGACCCCAUCAACCCCGGCGGUCCCCUCGACUUCUUCAACGUCGCCGCGACCCCCGACGAUCUCGCCGUGCUCAAGGUUAAGGAGAUCAAGAACGGCCGCCUCGCCAUGAUUGCCAUGCUCGGCGUUUUCGUCCAGGGCCUCACCACCGGCGAGGGUCCCGCCGCCAACUGGGGCAAGCACGUCGCCGACCCCUUCGGCUACAACUUCGUCACCAUCUCCGCCAUCGAGCGCACCCCCGUCCUCUAAGCGCGUUUCGUUCGUCUUCUGAUGAAACGAUCUAGAGCAGAGUGGUGGUGCGUCGCGCGCCGGCCGGUGACGGGACAGGGGUGAGACCGGCGGUGCCUCGGUAAGCUUUUUGGUAAUAUGAUUCUGUAAAUGGCUUCU